GAGCGGUGUGUGUGCGCGUGUGUGUAUGUGUGUAGACGGAGCGCGCGCGGGGUUCGUGCUCAGAGCGGCGGCGGUGCGCGCGUGGAAGCGGAGAGGACGAGCUCGUGCGUGCGCGCGCGUUUUAACGGCUCUACUGGAGUUUAUUCUAAUCAGAAUAAACAUUGUUUUUAGUCUCGUUUUCAGGUUCUGUCUCAUUUUGUCUUUUUCCUCGGGGGACCAGAACACGGAGACACCAGCGGGAACUUAAAGCAUGCGUUAGAAAUCCGAACACAUAGUGACAUAUACAUCAGACGAGCAACAUCAAAGAAAUCAUUUUCUUUCUUUGUUUCAUCUGAACUUUUUCUUCCUUUGAUGUGAAAAAGUCGGGUUUUUUUCUUUGUUUUUUUGCUUCACCGGGGGAGCACUCGGUUUUCUGGCUUUGAAAAUCAGAAGAGCUGAAGAUCUGUCCAGACCUCAGGACUGAAGCACGAUGGAUAUCACACACACACUCAUACACACACUCCUGCUGCUCGCAUGCUGCUGCAGCUCCACAACCCAAGCCCAGGCAGAAGGUGAGAAGUGUGGUGGGCAGGUCGAUGCCACCGAUGCAGGUUAUAUCACAUCGCCUGGUUACCCUUUGGAGUACCCGCCGCACCAGAACUGCGAGUGGAUAAUCAGAGCCCCGGAACCUACACAGCGCAUCGUGCUGAACUUCAACCCUCAUUUUGAGCUGGAGAGGCUCGACUGCAGGUAUGACUUUAUUGAAAUUCGAGAUGGGAACUCGGACACGGCUGAACUUCUGGGGAGACACUGCAGCAACAUCGCUCCCCCAGCCAUCACCUCGUCCGGCCCCGUCGUCCACAUCAAGUUUGUCUCUGAUUACGCUCACCAGGGCGCUGGGUUCUCACUGCGCUAUGAGAUCCACAAGACUGGUUCCGAACACUGUUUCCGGAAUUUCACGGCCCCGACCGGCCUGAUCGAGUCCCCCGACUUCCCCGACAAGUACCCUCACAACCUGGAAUGCUUCUACAUCAUUAUCGCCCCUCCUCAGACAGAGGUUACCCUCACCUUCAAGACCUUCGACCUGGAGAACGACCCCUUGCUGAUGACCGAGGCUGAGUGCAAAUAUGACUGGCUGGAAGUGUGGGACGGACUGCCCCAGGUUUCGCCACUGAUUGGUCGAUAUUGUGGCAUGAAGAUCCCUCCAGAGAUCGUGUCCUCCACAGGUCUCCUGUCUCUCUCCUUUCACACCGACAUGGCGGUAGCCAAAGACGGCUUUUCUGCGCGCUACAACAUGACUCGCAAAGAUGUUACUGACAGCUUCCACUGCAACACCGUGUUUGGCAUGGAGUCAGGAAAGAUCUCAGACGAGCAGAUUUCCGCUUCGUCUUCGUUCUACGAUGGACGCUGGCCUCCUCGCAUGGCUCGUCUCAACAACGAGGACAAUGCCUGGACGCCUGCAGAGGACAGCAACAAGGAGUACAUACAGGUGGACCUGCAGUUCCUGAAGGUUCUAACAGGCAUCGCCACGCAGGGCGCCAUCUCGAAGGAGACGUUGAAGUCCUACUACGUCACCACCUUCAAGCUGGAGGUCAGCACAAAUGGAGAAGACUGGAUGAUGUAUCGUCACGGCAAAAACCACAAGAUAUUCCACGCUAACACAGACCCAUCGGAAGUGGUGCUGAACCGGAUUCCUCAGCCCACCCUGGCCCGGUUUGUCCGCAUCAGACCCCAGUCCUGGAAGAACGGCAUCGCUUUGCGCUUUGAGCUCUACGGCUGCCAGAUCACAGACGCUCCCUGCUCCGAGCUCCAGGGCCUGCUCUCCGGCCAGCUUCCAGACUCUCAGAUCUCGGCGUCCUCGUUUCGAGACCUCGGCUGGGCCCCGAGCACGGCGCGCCUGGUAGCUAGCAGGUCCGGCUGGUUCCCCGCCCCGCCGCAGCCCGUGGCCGGAGAGGAGUGGCUCCAAGUGGACCUGGGAACGGCCAAGACGGUGAGCGGCCUCAUCACUCAGGGAGCGAGAGGUGGAGACGGAGGAACGAGCUCAGAAAACCGCGCCUUCGUACGGAAGUAUAGGCUGGCCCACAGCGCCACCGGGAAAGACUGGAACUUUGUGAUGGACAGCAAGACCAGCAUGCCUAAGAUUUUCGAGGGCAACGUGCAUUUCGACAUGCCGGAGCUGCGGAGGUUUGAGGCGCUGGUGGCUCGGUUUGUCAGGAUUUACCCCGAGCGCUGGUCCCCCGGGGGCAUCGGCAUGAGGAUAGAGGUCCUGGGAUGCAGCCUUCCAGAAACUUCCACGGUUGCCGUGCCGACGUCCACGCCACCACGCCCCGCAGAAAGCAGCACGGCUCAUAAACUCAGCUCCUCAACCUCCAGCACAACUCCUCCCUCUUCCACGGUCCUGUGCGAUUUUGAGCAAGGUUUGUGCGGAUGGACUCACGACCCCAACUCUGACAUCGUCUGGGCUCUGCACACCUCCAGCAGAAUCACCGCCCAAGGGCAAAGUCAGGACCUCUCCUUAGGCUCUAACAGGCUGGGAAACUAUCUAUAUGUCGAAGCUAGUCCCAAGACGCAGGGAAAGAAAGCCAGGCUCUUCAGCCCGGAGGUGGGCCCCGAUACAGGGCCUCUGUGCUUGAAGUUCUCCUAUCAGCUAGAGGAUGAAGGAACCCUGCGGGUGCUACUGCGCAACCAGCUUCAAGAGGAAACCCUACUCUGGGCUCUCCACGGCAGCCAGGGUUCCAUGUGGAAGGAGGGACGUACCAUCGUGCCUCGAUCCCCCAAAGAAUUCCAGGUGGUCAUCGAAGGGAUCUUUGAAAAGGCAACAACAGGCCACAUCUGGAUCGAUAAUAUCCACAUGAGCUCCAGCACACCACUGGAGGAAUGUACACAACCAUUUGCUGCCUUUCCUCCAGAUUUGACUGGGGGAGCCCUACCAGGCAGAAGUGACCCAACAGUAGAUACCCUGUCAGUGCCACCUAUUUCCCCCAACUGGUAUUACUUCAUGGCUGGCGGAGGCGGCAUCUUGUUCCUGGUCAUUGCCGUUAUCAUGGCCAUUGGCUGUCGUCGCCUGACAGCAAACAGGAGCCGACCCACCAUGGCCUACUAUAGUCCGCACAGUGCUUACUACCCAAAUGGUGCCAUGCCGAGGGCAGGGGGGGGCUCUAAAUUGACUGUUUGGGUCGAGAAAGGGGAUGGAAACUCCUACUGGUGAGGUAACUUGGUGUGAUAGACAAUGACCUACAUUGCUGACAAAAAGUCAGAAGAAAAGAACUCAGAAGAGCACUGAAAAGUUGGUUUAGCAUAAGGGAUGCCGUAACCAAGUACUGCAUUUUUUGGUACCACCUCGCUGCCAACUGCUUGGGAACUGCGCAACUAAAGAGUGGACAGAAACCAGCAUCUGCUCCAAACAUUUUGGUUGUCUUUGUGUUUUUUUUUCAAUGCACCUUCACUUGCUGGAUGUGAUGGAACAAUGAGAGUCUGUUUACUGCGGAGUACCAGCCAGUGGUUUUCUGGAAGAACACCGUAUUGGAAAACUUUCCAGAAGAGUCUGAACUCCUGAUACGACCAGGUUGAGAGUUCCUUGUGCCCGUGCCUGGUGGUAGGGCCGGAACUACUAAAAUAUCAAAGACUAAGUGGACAAAGUGUCCAAGCCAGUGAUCUUAAACAUAGACUGGGCUGAUGCCUUACUAAUAUUUCAGAUGGGGAUUGGUUCCAGCUGGUCCCAAAUCAGGGCUAGAUGCUGGAAUGGACUACAAGAUCAGGACUGAAGAACAGCCUUUAAAUUUCUGCAGAUCUAGAGUAUAAUAAUGAUAAUUAUAAUAUUGUUGUAUAUUUAAAUAGGGUGUCAACCUGUGUGGUUUACAGAAUGGAAUGAAUCUUGGGUAAAUUUACAGCUGUCAAAAUGUUUGCACUUUUAAUAGACCCUAGGUUUAUAUGUGAGGUAGUUUGGGAAACCCUGUCAGAAGAUGCCUUGGCUAAAAUUAAGCCAAUUGAAAAAACGGAUUAAAAAUUUUGUUUUGGCCAAAAUUCGAGGGUUAUGCUUGCUUGUAAUAUACCUAAUAUAACAUCCAUAUGUGUUACACUGAAAUGACAUAAAAAUGGCUUUAUUUGAUUUUUAUCCUGCCUUGAGGUCUACAGUCAAUAGCAUGACAUCCAAAACCUCUCCAGCCAAGUUUCCUCAAACCGUUAACAUCAGAUUAUUGAUGGCUACAUGCUGCAGUUCAACAUAGCUGAACCAAUUCAAUUUUAGAUACUGGCUAUUAAAUUUCCCAUAAUGCUCUUUUGCCACAGUCAAAAAAGGAUCAUUAAACAUUGUUUCCUCCGAUUUUAGACAUUAAGAACAGUAGAACUUGAUUUGCGAGUUAAAUGCCAGGAAAAGACAAUUUUAAGAACACUGUUAACAAUAAGUGAAAAGAAGGGGUUUCCCAGGCCACCACAUGACUUACGAUUUCUCUGUUUACUAUUUAGCCAAAAACAGAAAGUCAGUGGACCAUUUUUUAAUGAGUGUGUUGAUGAUUGAGGAGGCUCUGCAACGGGGUAUAGUACAUUUGAGCAUGCAUGUGUACCAUUUUGUAUAUUUCUACAGGCUCAGGUUCAGUGAUUUGCUUGAAUGUAAUGAGGGGCAGUUCAGUAAGAACCUUUCAGUACAACAAGAAAAUCACAUUUAAUAUAUAUUUAAGUCACUGUAAAGCUAAAAACAAAGAAAUUCAAUCUUACCAAGGAGUUAAUAUUCAGAGAGUAAAACUGAGAGAGAGAGAGACAGAGAGAGAUCAAUUUAAUUGGCAGAUUUCUCCAUCUCAAGACAAGGCUACUAGAGUUCUGCAUUUUUUUGCCUGUUCCUCAAAUUUCACAGCAGAAAUCCCCACAAAUAUUGCGUAGGCCUACUCCGGUUCCAAGCCAGAAGUGAGGAGGCGUGCAUUAUUCCAACCAAACGGCUGUCAGUACUUUAUUCCCUGCAACAAGCCACAUAAACAACACCAGCUGCCUCCCUUCAUAGCCUUGUCUUAAUGAUGACCGAGAGAGAGAGAGAGAGAGAGUGUAGUGGUGAAGAAGCGAGAUCCAUGCACUCCCAACAGCUGGUAGACAUUUUGUCAUGCCGCAGGAGUCUUCCAGAACAAUGAAAAGCGUGCAGCACCUCCAUGUGGUUUGCCUGGUUUUUUAUCACUGAUGUUGAAAAUGAGAUGAAAAGAUCGAUGGAGACUUUCAUUAAUACUUGUUCUACUUGGUCCCCGGUUCCCAGUGUAUUUCCUUGUCCUUAUUAGAUAGUGGUUAAUGAGUGUUUCUUAGCUUCGAGUGUGUUUUCUUGUUUCCUUCUUCCCUAGGUUUAAAUAGGUUUCCUAGUUUCUUAGUUGCCUAGUUUUGCUUGGGUUUUCGUGUUUCCUCAUGUUCUAGUUUUGUGUGUUAUCUAGUUUCCAUAAGUUUAAGAGUGUUUUCUUGUUCUACAAGUUUAUUUGUUUCUUAAUUUCCGUCUUCACUAGAUUUGAGUGUGUUUCCUAGUUUCCUUGUUCUGAGUGUGUUUCCUAAUUUCCUUCUUCACUAGUUUUGAGUGUGUUUCCAGGUUUCCUUGUUCCCUAGGUGUGUCUGUUUCUUACUCUUCUUUUUCCGUAGUUUCUUUGUUUACUAGGUUUGAGUGUGUUUCCUAGUUUCCUAGUUCUGCAGGUUUGUUUGUGUUUCCUAGUUUCCUUAUUCCCCAGGUUUGUCUUUCCUAGUUUGCUCGUUCCCUACAGUAGGUUUGAGUGUGUUCCUUAGUUCCUUGGUUCCCUAUGUUUCAGUGUGUUUCUUAUGUUACUUGUUUUCUGUGUUCUUAGUUGCCUUGUCCAAGUGUUUUUGAUAAUUUCCUCAUUCUCAUCUUCUGAGUACAUUUCCUAGGUUCCUAGUUCUGUUUCUGUCCUAAACCCCUUCUUCCUUAGUCUUGUUGCAUUUCACUCAAGUUUGCUUACGCAGAUAGUAGAUGACAAUCACUCUGGUUCCACAGCGGAUAUGAUACGGAUCUGGUGGAGUUAAAACGGAUUUGAGAAGGAUCCAGUUUGGAGUCCUCCACAAUCUGGGUUAUUUUGUAGUUCAUUAGUCCAAGGUUUAUUAGUUUCCUUGCUCCCAGUGUCUUUUCAAGUUCCCAUCAUCCCCCAACUCUCCACAUUUUCUGGUUCCUGAAGUUUUAGUUUCCUGAGGGUUUCUGAAUUAGAUGAAUUUGAUCAAAUUUAGCAUACUGACUCAACAGCAAUUGAUUGCCCUGCAUCGAAUUGUCCCAAGCAGGUUCUCGAAGUGUGGAAUUCCGAAUGACUAGCGGUGUUUGACUCUUCAUUGUACCUGGAAGUAGAAAGCGAUGAUCCAGUCUUACUAACUAUUGUGGUAGGGUAAUGAAGGGCGCAAAUGUGUAGCUAAUCCUGAGUCAGAAUCUCAAUUAGCAUUGUUAGCAGGCAGGGUGAGGGCAAAAAUGCUAAACUAUUUAUUGUAAUUUCCAUUAGAUAGAGAAGUGGAAGGAAAGCGAAGUAUUGGUCUUGGCUUGCAGUGUGCUUUUAAAUUAAUUUCAUCUUACCAUACAUUCUUUCAAGCGCUUAAUAUUUUUAAUUAGUUAAUGGACCCGAUAGCAUUUAUUACAGCUGCUGCAGCCGCUGUGCAGGAAAUUUUCCCUGGAGAACAUGGUAAUGAGUGAACGCUUUCUCCAGAGACUUAGCAUCCAUAGAGACUGAAUAAAAAAAAAAUGUUCACCCCCAAACUCCAAACCCCCCGAACCCACAAGAUGUCUGCCCUUUUUGGUCUUCCUUUAAAAAUACAACUUUUUGUGGCACUACAUGAUUAGGCCUCUUUAACCAUGGCCAUCUCAGGACUUGUAGAAGACGGAGACAGUCAUCAGCUCCUCAGAGGAGUCGUUAUCUCAUCCGUGUAGAACAGGUUUUUCACAACAGAGACAGUCAGCCCACUACCUUCACAUCCAUAGCACGCAUUCUUUCACAUCAAUUUCUCAGCCUUGUUUGGUUAGGACCCAGCAGGCCUCAGUUCAAACGCUUUUAAAUGCGGCACCUAACCAUGAUUGACAUUCUGGCUAUUUUUAUUAUCGCACACAGCGUAUGUAGGUGGUUCUGAGGUUAAUCGUGUACUUAUGUUUUAAAGGAUAAUGAUGAAGAUGAUGCACUUUCCUGUAUGAAUGUGGCACUAUACCUCAAUCUUAAAAUGGGUGUGCUGUUUAAAAAAAAAGAAAAAAAAAGAACAUGAAUGGAAUAUUUUUUGCUUGAUGAAUUGGAAAUGUCCUUUUCAAAUAUGGAAAUAAAAUCCUAUUUUUCUAACCAGAUGUUUCCCUUUCUUUCCUUCUUAAUAAUUUCCUAUUAAUAAAACAUAGUAACCUGUAAUUAACUUUACCAUCUUCAUGUUUCCGUAACAACACCUCAUUUUUAUAAUCGUUGGUAAUGACUUUUACAGACUGGGCUUUGGGCAAUUUCGUAUUUCAAUUAAUCGUCUCUCCU